CGGCUCUGGCCUCCUCCUCCCGCCGCCUCCUCCUCCCCCAGACCCCGCUCCCGAUGCCGGUCCCGGUCCCGGCCCCGCCUCGCCCCAGCGAGAAGGAGCAGCUGCGGGACCUCAACGAGCGCUUCGCCGGCUACAUCGAGCGGGUGCGGGCUCUGGAGGAGCGCAACCGGGCGCUGGCCGCCGAGCUGGCGGAGCUGCGCCGGCGACCCCCGGAGCCCCGGCGGCUGGGGCAGGCGCUGGGCGGGGAGCUGCGGGCCCUGCGAGCCCGCCUGGAGGAGGCUCACGGCGAACGGGCUCAGGCGGCGCUGGAGCGGGCCCGGCUGGCCGAGGAGACGCAGCGCUUGCGGGCUCGCUGCGAGGAGGAAGCCCGGGGCCGUGCCGAGGCGGAGCAGGCGCUGCGAGCCCGGCAGCGGGCGGCCGAGGGGGCUGCCCGGGCCCGCUCCGACCUGGAGCGGAGAGCCGAGGCGCUGCGGGAGGAGCUGGAGGCGCUGCGGAGGGCUCACGGCGAGCAGCUGGAGCAGCUCGGGGCCGAGCUCCGGGCCGCCGCUCCUCACCCCUCGGCUCCCGGCCCGGCCGCCCGGCCCGAGCUGGCGGCGGCUCUGCGGGAGCUGCGAGCCCAGUACGAGGCGCUGCCGGCCCGCAACCUGCAGGCGGCCGAGGACUGGUACCGGGCCCGCUGCGCCGGGCUCCACGAGAGGGCGGCUCGCAGCCAGGAGGCCGUCCGGGCCAGCCGCAGGGAGGUGGGCGAGUGCCGGAGGCAGCUGCAAGCCCGCGCCGUGGAGAUGGAGAGCCUGCGGGGAGCCCACGAGUCCCUCGAGAGGCAGCUGCAGGAGCUGGAGGAGCGCCACAGCGCCGAGGCCGCCGGGCUGCAGGACACUAUCGGGCAGCUGGAGGACGACCUGCGCAACACCAAAACUGAGAUGGCCCGGCACCUGAGGGAGUACCAAGACCUGCUGAACGUCAAGAUGGCCCUGGAUAUCGAGAUAGCUGCCUACAGGAAGCUGCUGGAGGGAGAGGAGACCCUCUUCAGCACAGGAGGCGUGGGCCUUUCAGCACUAAACCCUUUCCCCAACGCCACUUACUCUUUCCAGCCCCAAGGCUUUCGUUCCUCCACUCCAUCCUUCAAGAAAGAGGAGCAAGGCGAGGUUGUUAAAGUGACCUCCAAGAUAUCAUCUGGUCGGGCUGGAAUGCUUGACAGGACCACAUCUGCUGCCAAGAAAGCAGAGAGAUUAAACCUGCAUGGAGGAAUCGUUGCAAAUGCAAAAAUGUAAUGGUGGGGACCCUGUCCCUUUUGUAUUUGAGGGGGAGCAGUCUCCACUUGGCCUUUUAAUUUCCCCUGGGGAACCAGGCUGCACCAAAGACCUGCGCCCCACAGUGAUGGGGCUCGGCAGCCCCCUAUGCUCCUGGAAAGGUGAAGGCCGAGCUUGACACAUUGCUCCCUCUCAAAUCAGGUGCGGCCGUGCUCUACAGGUCGCUGGGUGCAUGCUGGUGGGUUUUGUGCACGGGGACUUAUGGUGGGGGGCAAGGGGAUCCCGCUGCCCGAGCUGCAAUUUGGGGAGGGGGUGGCAAGGGCAAUGAAACUCAACUACAACUAGGGUUAAGGCUACAGACCUUCACUUACUAUCCAAAUCCAUAUAUAGCUAAAGUGUUUCCUCUUCCUUAAGCUGUAGCUGUACACUUUUAAUCCCAGAAGCACAGAAAUAGCCAUAAACACACCUCGCUUCUGGUCUAGGAGCCACUUAACAUUUUAAACAAUAAGGAACAUUUUUUGUGUGUGUGUGUCCUGAUGACUGUCUGUUUCUCAGUAGUGUUAGUCCAGCCACAUGCGCAGGGUUUGUUGGUCAGGAGCCAGCACAUCGGGCACAGCACCAGUGCUGCUGAGCCCCUGGUGCCAGCCCCCGAAAAGCCCCACGAGAGGCGGGGAGAGCUGGGCACCACGGCGGCUCUGGUGAGGCAGCGCCCGCCCCACCGCUCACUCUGCCAAACAUCACAUCCACGCCUCCGCUCCAGCCUUCCAACGUGUGCCAAAUCUGAUGUAGGAUUUACAACUGUAGGUUUCCUUCAAUGCCUUAAAAUUGCCAGCGAUCGCUUUUGCAAGAGCCGGAGACUGCGCGUGCUGUGUGUCGGUGCCCUGGUGAGGUUGCCAUCACGAGACCUUACUGUCCUCUCGGUGGUGCCAGAAUAGUUCCUGGAACCAGCAAAUCAUUUGCUCACACUCUUUCCUCUUCUAUUGUAAGGCACAAGUUAAUAAUUAAAAAGAAAGAAAUAGUUACGUGAACCAAA